AUGACACAAACUCCAGCUCCUGAUUAUUCAAUUGCAAACUCAGAUGUUGUCUCCAAGUACAAGACUGCCGGAGAAAUUGCAAACAAAGUAUUGGCACAAGUUAAAGAGGCUGCAGUGGCCGGAUCCAAAACUUAUGAUCUCUGUGUUAAAGGUGAUGAGCUUUUGAAUGAAGAAUUGUCCAAAAUCUACAACUCAAAGAAAACAAAAGGAACCCCAAAAGGUAUUGCAUUCCCAACCACCAUCAGUCCAAACAAUGUUCCUGCACAUUUGGCGCCAGUGACUAUAGACGAUGAGGCCAACAUUGAAUUGAAAGAAGGCGAUGUUGUGAGCAUUCAAUUGGGUGCACAGAUUGAUGGUUUCCCUUCCAUUGUUGGUGAAACAUUUGUUGUUGGCGAGCAAAAAAACAGUCCAGUUACCGGCCAAAAAGCCGACUUGAUGCAAGCAGCAUGGACUGCUUCUGAGGCUGCGUUAAGAACAUUCAAGCCCGGUAAGAAGAAUUGGGACAUCACCAAUAUUGUUGCCAAGGUUGCCAAGGAGUUUGAUGUCACACCAUUGGAAAGUAUGUUGUCUCACAAUCAAGAGAGAAUGGUGAUGUAUGGACCAAAAGAAAUCAUUCUUAACCCAUCCAAGCAAAACAAAAACAGUAUGGAAACACACAAGUUUGACGAAAAUGAUGUUUACGGUUUGGAUAUCUUGAUCUCCACUUCAAAGGAUGGUAAAGUGAAGCCAUCGAAUUUUAGAACCUCGCUUUACAAGUUGACGGGAGAAUCAUACGCCUUAAAGAUGAAGAUGUCACACAAGAUUCUUGCCGAGUUCAAGAGCAAAUGUGAUGGUCACCCAUUCCCAUACAACAUUCGUAACUUGGAAGACCCCAAGAAGGCCAGAGGUGGUUUAGCUGAGUCUGUAAACCACAAGAUUCUUUUGCCAUAUGAUGUUGUUAUUGAGAAAGAUGGAGAAUACAUUGCCCAAUUUUUCACCACAUUCGGUAUUACAAAGACUGGUAUUGUUAAAUACACUAGUCCUGUGUUUGACUCUGAGUUGUACAAAUCUGACAAGAAGGUUACCGAUGAGGAAAUUUUAAAGCUUUUGGAAGAGCCUUUGAACACUAAAGUGCCAAAGUCUAAAGCUACAAAAGCCGAGAAAGCUUGA